AAUCAUCCAACCAUUCUAGACGAUAGAGCUUGUGCUCGCUGGUCUGUUUCUCUGCUGUGAACCGCCCCCUCGUUAGGGGGCACUAUGCUUGCGCCAGGAUCUGACGACGAGGAGGAGGCUCCCGACGAUCCUUCUACAGCGUCCCACCCGGGUGCCGUGACAGGAUUAGACUUACUGCGAAGAAAUCCUCCCGCAUCGGCACCUCCCCCUCGAACGCACACCGCUGAAGUAGUAGAGGAGGCAUCUCGCCAUGUUGUAGCAACACCACCUCAGCGAAGCACUACGCCCCGCACUUCUUUUAAUCAAGGGUCGACCCGUAUUGGACCGCCGUCGAAGAAGCUCGAGCCCUCACGCUAUCGGCAGGCAACCCUGAGUUUCGGGCGGUCGCAAAACACUCCCGCUCCGACUCUGCACGUCGUCCCUCCUGUUGUUUCAGGACCAUCUACAGCUCCGACUUCGUCAUCGGACACCGAACUUGAAGACGUGGCCGAACGAAAGUACCAGGAGGCUCUCUGGCAAUUUAAAAAGCGGUGGAGUACUGACUUUCCUUGGCUUGUGCUUAAUCAGACCCGUGCAGGAUUCCCGGCUUUGAAGUGUAAGACUUGCAUGGAACAUGGCGGGCACGGAACGAACUACGGCAAGGGCGGAGAAGGUGCGACCGACGUCCAGACGCAGGCGAUGCAAAACCACCAGCGCACGCGGAAGCACAAGAGAGCGAUGCGGAGACAAGCCACCGCCACUGCGAUCGCUGAGGGGCAGCUGCGCAUGGAGGACUUGGCGAAAACACAUACCGUCCAGAGCGAGCGUGUUACUGCACUGCUGGAGACUCUGCUUUUCAUCUGUCAGUCCGACGCGCCCAUCGAGAUGUGGGUGCAACUUGUGCGGCACCUCUCAAAGCGACGUACUCCUGGUUUUCCCAAACGAGGCUACGGGUCUUACUUCACAACGUAUGGCUUUCAGGAGUUAACCAAGUCGACAGCCAUGUACCUUCGAGCUCGUCAACGGGAGCACUUGGAGUCAAGCCCGUUCAUUGGCUUGAGCUGUGACGAGAGUACCGACAGAGUUCGUGGCAAGCACAUGAUUGUGUUUGCUACUUUCCUUCGCGAGCGCAUUGUUGUCACAGAGUUUCUAACGCUUCUUCCUGUCGACAAAUGUGAUGCAGCUUCUCUGGAAGGCUCUCUUGUUGCUUACCUCGAUAGCAUCGGCAUCAGUCUCUCAAAGGUGUCGGGCAUCAGCACCGACGGUGCCGCAGUGAUGGUUGGAGCCACGAACGGGGUCGUUGGGCGCCUUCGACAGCGGAUCCCGCAUGUGGUUUCUGUCCACUGCAUAGCGCAUCGGUUCGUUCAUGCAUAGACUUCAUAUCCCGUUGAGAAAACCGUGCACUAACCACUGUUUCGUCGUGUUUCUACUCCCGUCCAUCCAGGGAAGCCCUCGCGGCCAGAGAUGCUGCCAACGCGCUGCCUGAGCUGGGAAUUGUGGAUGCCAUCAUCCGCGCGGUUGCUGAGCUGCUGGGGCGUUCACACAACUGGCACAAGAUGUUCAAGGACCUCCAAAAGAUCUUCACGGCGACAAAUCUGGAGAUGCAAGGGAUUCACCUUGUUCGGUGGCUCAGUCGUGGCGGCGCCAUUCUGAGGCUGGUGGCGGUGCUUCCUGCCGUCAUCGUUCUGCUGCACCUCUACGACAAACCCAUGUACCACAUCGUCACAUCGUACAAGUUUCACUUUUUCCUGUACUUCCUCGCCGACGUGCACGAGGAGCUCAACAGCCUCAAUCUGCUGUUCCAGAAGCGCGAGAUCGACCUGACGGGCGUGCAGUCGCAGGUACGGCGAACGAUCGUCUUCAUUCGUUCGCGCUACGUCAACUGCGGGCCUAACUUCGGCACGAACAGCGAUCGCCUGUCCAAGUUUCUGGAGCGCCACGCCAGCAACCGAGAUGUGAUCGUGCAGGGCGUCGAUGCAGACGGAAUGGAGCGAGUGCAUCAAUUCGAGCUUCACGAGGAGCCGCUGCCAAACUACACCACUGCCCGCGGCGACAAAGCUUCCUGCACGCUCACCUGUCGCUCCUACGCGACCGAGCUCAUCUACAACGUGCAGCUGCGGCUCGGCGACCUUGAGCGGCUCAACGGGUCAAAGCUGUGGAUGCCCCGAACAUGGCCGCGGAACACGGAGGCGAGGGACGAGGAGUGCGCCGAGCACUUUGACAGCGUGGUCGAACUCUUCCACGCCAGCGACCGCGUUGAAAUUCUGCCAGGAGUCGACAAGCGGCUGGCACGCAAGGAACUCAGCACCCUCGUGCCAGUGCUUGCUGGUGUGCCAAAAGAGGAGCAGCCAUUCCAUGCCGGACUUGCAGCCAUCCUGGAGACCAGCGACUGGCCGCGCAGCUACCCGAAUCUCGUGCGCCUGUGGGUGGCUGUGGCAGUGCUUCCUCUCAGCACUGUUGAGUGCGAGAGGGGAUUCUCGCGACAAAAUGUGAUUAAGAGCUGGAACCGGACGAGUCUGUGCAACGGGAAGCUGGAGGAUCUGAUGUGCAUGAGUUUGCUAGAGUAUGACAUGAACUGGGAUAGGGUCAUUGAGGUGUGGCGCGGCAUGAAGAAGAGACGGCCAAGGAGGGCCCACCAGAGCGAAGUGCGUGCGAGGAAGUCUGCCAAGGGCAAAGAGAAAGUGGUGGUGUUGUCCGAAGAGGAGCAUGAUGAUGAGGCACGAGCGGACGAUGAGAACAGCUGCUCCAGCAGCGGGUUUAGUUCUAGUGAUGAUGAGGAGGAUGGUGGAAACUUCUGAGUCGAGCCACAUGUAUGCUGCAGUACUGUGAAU